GUAAAGUGAUUGGAAUUUGCCGAAACGAAACAUGAAUCGAGUGUUCACUAAGUCGAUGCUGCAAAUCGUAGCAAAAAUCAGAGAGUCAAACAAUGUACAACGACGAAUGUUCGGUUCAACACGAUGUUGUCUACACGCGAAUGAGCCGACACGAAAUACGCAGCAUUUUGAUGUCAUCAUUGUUGGCGGAGGAAUGGUUGGUGCUGCUCUCGCUUGUUCACUUGGGAAAAACAGCAGGCUACAAGAUAAGCGAAUUUUGUUGCUAGAAGCAGCGCCGGAAUGCAAGAAACCUUCCACCGACCGAUACAGCAACCGUGUAUCAGCAAUCAACAAAGGUGCCCAUCAGUUAAUGGAGAAAAUCGGAGCUUGGGAGGAAAUCAAAAACACUCGCGUCAAACCAGUGAUGAAAAUGCAAGUAUGGGACGCUUGCUCCGAUGCCUUGAUAACGUUCAACUAUAACGAUUUUGCCGAGAACUUAUCGUGGAUAGUGGAAAACGACGUCGUUCUUGCGAGCAUAUACAACCAGCUGACGACGGUGCCCAACGUAGCGGUCCGUUACUCAUCGAAAAUUGCAAAAUGCGAUUUGAUUCGGGACGGUGCGGAUAAAAGUGCGGUUCACCUAACAAAUGGCGAUCUGCUCACAUGUGAACUACUGGUAGGCGCCGACGGCUAUAAUUCGAUGGUUCGCAAGCAGAUGGGUGUCCACAAUUUCACGAUUGCCUAUGGCCAAAUGGGCAUCGUGUCAACGCUUCAGCUGGCUGACAUUUCUCCCGGGGGCAACGUGACCGCCUGGCAGCGAUUCCUUCCCACCGGUCCAAUCGCACUUCUACCAUUGAAUGAUGAGAUGAGUUCCCUUGUUUGGUCAACCAGCAUUACUGAGGCGAAAAAGCUGUUGCAACUGGAUGACUCUGCUUUCGUGGCUGCAGUUAAUGCGGCCUUCAACAAACCGGUAGCCAGGAACACCAUCGUAGACCAAGUGGUGUCAAAUGUCCAUUCUCUGCUCAAGCACAGCACGGGACAACGCAUGGAAGCGGCUCCCGCCGUACAGUCGGAAGUGAAACAUUCACGUGCAGCAUUUCCACUCGGCCUGGGCCACACCAGUACCUACGUAGCGCAAGGCGUUUGCCUAAUCGGUGAUGCCGCUCAUCGUGUUCACCCACUAGCCGGUCAGGGUGUCAACCUAGGGUUUGGCGAUGUUCAAGCGCUGACCGACGUACUGGCUGAUUCGAACUAUGCCGGACUUGGCCUGAGCACGGUUGGCGAGCUUACGAAGUACGAACAGCAGCGGUUGAAACAUAAUGUUGCCAUGCUGCUAACAACUCACGGCUUGCAACGACUUUACACGACGGAUUUCAUGCCCGCCGUUGCACUGCGCAGUGUGGGUCUUACCAUCACUAACGCAUUCCCACCGGUGAAGAAUUUUUUAAUGAAUCGUGCAAUGUUUUAAAACGAAGAAAGACUGUCUACCAGGCAUAGCAGAGAUUAACCUACUCACGGUCAGUUUCUUCAAUCUACAAUACAAUAAAGUACUUCAAGUAUUUAAAGUAGCUAUUUGACUAUAUGCUACAC